AUGCGUGCGUGGUGUGUUCUAUCGUUAAUCGGAUGCUUGGGGAUUGCUUUGAUCUCUUCGAAACCCUUGGAGGAAGCAGGCGAUAUCGCUCAGGAAGACAGUGAGAAGGCAUAUGAACACACUUAUUUAACGAUCGAUCCCACUGCUGAGGAAGCUCGCGAUGAGGAAGAAGAACUCGGGGAAGCUACCGGUGACGACGAUAAAGCUGGUGGUGAAGGAAAAGCCUACUAUAUAGAAGUGGAGGACGAUGAAAAUGAUGAUUCAACUGUCGAUAAGCCCAUCGAGGAGGAACCAAUUAAUUUUCUUAAAUACCCAGAACACGAAACCGACCACAAGCCAUAUCCCCGCUUUGCCAUCCUUAAAAAUGGAUUCGUGAAUCAUGUGAACCUAGACUUUUAACAGACGCAAUCAAUACAAAAAUAAGAGACAGAGCGACGUGUUCUCAACAGAAUUAGAGAUUCUUUCCAGUUGGGAAAUUCCCAAAGCUAAGUUUACACAGCUGUGGCCAACAACAAUGAUAAUAAAAAUAGAU